AUAUCUGUAUUAUAUCCAUCACUAAGCUUUGAUAUGAAGUUGUGUGCAUUUGCGGCUUUCGCAGCUUCAACGAUUUCCGCCUCGGUUGCCGUUGGUUUUCCCAACCUGAUAUUAUCUAUGAUAGUACCUUUGAACAAUACUGGCAUUUGUCCGACAUAGCCGAUUUGAUCACGCAACCAUCCUAAAUUAAAAUCAGAAAUUAGUUUUCCAUCCAACUCGACUGUACCAGAAUCAACGUGAUAAAAGCGUAAAACCAGUUGAAGUGCUGUAGACUUGCCGCAUCCACUUCUACCAGUGAAUGCCACAGACUGUUUAGCAGAGAUUUGAAGGCUAAAGCCAUCUCGGCCCCCCUUUUGGUAGUAAAUUGGAGCAUUCGAUCGAGUGGGGUAAGCAAAAUGACAUGAACUGAAUUUUAAACUUCCUUGCAACUUCCUAGGCUUUUCCCCCACGGUCGAAAGUGGAUCGUCCUCAUCUACGGAGCCAUCGAUAAGUUCAAACAAGCGUGCUGCCGCUUCCAAACCAGUCCGAUGCGAAGAAAAGUCCGCACCGGUUUGUCCUGCGCCAAAUGCCGAAAACAUGACGGCUAGAAGUGCAACGAAAAAAUCGGUAAAUGCCAGCUUGCCGUUGAUCAUCAGUUGAACUUCAUUAAGAUUAAGGCAGAGGGCAAAGAAGACGAAAAAAGAAUGCAAAAUGUGAAAUUGAUGUCGGGAAUAACCGCUUCCAAGCUGCAAUUUGAAUUCCCAAAUGGAAACUUACUGCCAGCCCAGAAAAUCAACGCAAAUGUGGAAAAGACUGAAAACUGUGAUAGACCGAACGCCAAGCCAUUGUAAAAAGCUUGUUUCUUCUCGUAGGCUGCAUCGGGGUUUAACGCAGCAGCAUACUUCGUGGAAACAUCAUCUUGUAGAUUAUAUGCUUGUAGAACCAUGAUGUCAUGGAAUGCCCGCUCGAGCUGAGUAGCAGCAGAGACAUGAUUUUCGGCGUGUUUUUGAAUCGGCUUCCUAGAAGCACAUUUGGCUUGCAUAAUACUUGCACCUAGUAUGAAAGGGAUGCAACAAAUCGCAAUGAUGCCAAUCUGCCAUGAAUAAAUCAUCGCAACGAGCAUCCCGAUAAUCAAAUUGGCAAACACCUGUACCCGUUGACCCUGUUGCCAACCCGUAACAUUACUAACAGCUUCGCUAUCUUCCUCCAAUCUUGUUGUAAGUUCUCCUGUUGAAUGCUCGGGGAAAUCAAACCAUCCCAUGGAGUGCCGCAUGAUCUUCUCGAAUACUAAUACACGCAUCCUUCUUGUAAGACGGAAGCCAGAAACCCCCUACAGAAACAACGGAUGUAACACGCGAUUAGAAAAAUUAACAAGAAACGGAAUGGGGAAAACGUUUUGGUACACACAUAAUCCAGUAUAGCUGAUGUCGCCUUUCUAUGACUUACAAAACCAACACCCAUAGCAAUGUUUGCUACGAAGCUGGCUCCCGCCAACAACAGGAACCACAACGAUAGAGUGAAGUUUGUAGAGCGCAACUCUUCGGCAUCUGUAAUGAUAAAAAAGUUCCCCGUGAUAAAUCCGAAAAGAAUAGCCUCACAAGCUGGCAAUGCUCCGACAAUUAUCCCUCCGAUAUAACCAAUUAGCAUAUAGCAUACAUCUUUUUUGUUGUAUGCCCAUAAACGAGACGUUACACCCGAGAGAUUGGUAUCACUGUCGUCCUUAUCUUCUUCCUCACAAUCAGAAAUCUUUCCUGCUUCGAUAUCAUCGUAAUUGCCUUUUGGCAUGUGGCUCAUGUUUGUUUCAAUCGGUCCUUCUUUAGGUUGCGUUCUUACUUCUGGUAAGGUUGAUGACUCUUUUACGUCGGCAGCAUCGGCAGUCAACCCCUGACCCUCGCAAAGUAAUGCGUAUAUCCCUCCUUCUUGGAUCAAUUCUUUGUGAGUGCCUAGUUCUUGAAUGGCACCUUCGGCAACAACAGCAAUUUGAUCAGAGUGGACAAUCGUAGACAGGCGAUGCGCCACCGUAAUGGUGGUCAACUUUCGUGCCUCUCGGAUUCGUUCAAGGGCUUCCUGGACCAUUCGUUCUUAUUUAGAAAAUAUUCAGCAUCAUUAGAUAUUUGAAAAAAGGACGAGAGCAUAUUCGAAAUAGCGAUACCAAGUCACUGAGGACAUAGUCAGUCUUACCAGAAUGUGUAUCUAAUGCCGAGGUUGCCUAUGAUUGUACAAACAGUAGAAGAAUUAUUCGUCAGGAAAACCUCAAGUAGAUCAGAAUGAAACGAAAUCAACCAAUUCAAAUAUACAUGACAAAUCAGAACAAGCGUACCUCGUCGAGCAACAAUAUGACGGGAUUCCGUAUCAUAGCUCGUGCGAUCGCAAUCCGCUGAAUUUGUCCACCGCUCAACUGAAUAGAAGAUCCCGAAUAGAAUGUGUCGUAUCCAUCGGGCAAAUCCAUGAUAAAAUCGUGUGCGCUCGCGGCCACGGCUGCCUUGAUCACUUCCUCGUCUGUCGCGACUCCAUUCGCUUUUCCACUGGCAAUGUUGUCCCAGAUGGUCCCCGGGAAGAGAGAGGGCUCCUGUGGGACAUAUCCAAUCUGGGACCUCCACCAUUUUAGAUUGAGCUCGGUAAGGGGAACACCUCCAACUAGAACGUGGCCGCCCAGCGGAUCGUACAAUCUCAACAAGAGUUUCGACAGUGUCGACUUUCCUGAUCCACUCGGUCCGACCAAAGCUACGGCAGUACCGGCUUUUAUGUUGAGCGAAAAAUUGGCAAAUAUCAUAUCUCCUGGUCGAGAGGGAUAGGAAAAGGUGACAUUCCUCAAUUCCAUGCUCCCAUCGUAGUCCUUGCCAAGCUUGGUCCCCUUGUCUCCGUUGAUCCCAUCGAUGGAAGGUGUUCUACGAAUGGCACUGUAAAUGUCGACAGCUGCGGUUCGACCUAGGUUGAUGGCGUUCAACCCCGGAUUCAUGAGGGCUAUAAACUGUGCACAAAGAAUCACUCCGUAGAUACAGACCAUGACCUCGCUUCCGUGUAUCCCGCAAUCGGUGCGGAGAUAACAGGCAAAGGGACUUACGUAGGUCGCCUCUACCUCCACCCGCUGUGCUGCCUGUUCGGUUCCGAUAAGAAAGGCACAGGUGUAGGUGGCGUAGAAGAGCAAUCCCAUGACACCAGCCGCCAGCUUGCUCAGGACCUGGGAUCGAAUCGAGUGCUUCUGGGCCUCCAGCGCGUGGUCUGUGUACCGAUCCACCGCCCAGGUUUCGGCCCGAAGGCUUGCAAUAGUUUUGAUGCCUGUCAGGACCUCGGAGGCGAAUGCCCCGGCCGCGGAAAAUUCCGACAGAGCCCUGCCGGAAGACUUGCGCAUGAAACAGCUCACGAUUCCGAUGGCAAUGCCGAUUACGGGCAGAACGCAGAGCAUAAAAAUAGCCAGGGGCGGGUCCAAUCCGAUCGAUACCAGCAAGCACCCGAUUGCCGACAACAAGUUGGCAAAGGUAUCGGCCACGGCACGGCCGAGAGCGGUUUGGAUGCGGGAGAGCGCGUUUGUGGCCAGGACCGGAAGCUCUUGUGGGUCUCCACCACCCGUUGUGUCGAACCAGGCGGCUUCCUGGCGCAGGGCGCUCUUGACAAAGGCCUUUCGUAUGCGUAGUGUCUGGUUUUCCCCUACGUAAGACCAGAUGGAAACGUAGACUGUUCCGGUGACGAGUGUGGCAGCCCCCACAAUGGCAAAGGAAUUAAUGAGUGUUUGCAUCUGGUCGAUUAGAAUCGAAACAUCCCCUCCGGCUGCAACGAUCGCACCGAUUUCGUUGAAGGUGUUUAGGGAGUCCGCCAGUAGCAACAGCCAGGCGGGCAUGGCGAGACCGGCGAGGGCAGCCAUGGCGGUUCCGAGAAGCAUCCACAUUUGUUCGUGGAAGGUCGAAAAGGCAAACAUUGCCAAGAAUCCAAUCUUUUUGGGCUGCUCGACCGUUGCCACCUCUCGAGCAGGACCAACAGCCUCCUUGCUUGUGGCAUUGUCCUCGCGUUCCUCGGGGAUUCCCAUGGCCAGAUCCGCCGCGGCAAGCUCAUACGCGUUUUGCUGGAUAGAAGCGAUCAUAAUAUCGCCAGCCGAAGUUGUUCCCGCACCCGUCAAACCGGCAGAAAAAAAUCCAGAGGCAGGAGGUCCAUUGGCCUCUCGGUGAGCACCGACGCUGGCUUGCCGGUUACGGUUCUUUUUCUUUCUUUUUUGUGGCUGCAAUGGCGAGAACAAGUCCUUGCUGGCGGGCUGGUGAUUGAGGCCAACGCCAUGGGUAUUGUCGAUUCCCAUUGUGAUUACCGAUGUUCAGUUAGUUUCUUCUUUGGCUGAUUAGCAAGCUAAUAUAACAGUUUGUUGGCA